AUGCAAGGUAUUAAGACAGCCCUGGGCCCAGAUUCGCCGCAAGAGCUCCAGUUGGCCCGUCGCUUGGAGCAUGUUUACAUAGACCAGUGUGAAUGGGACUUGGCCCUUGACGUCUGCUUCAAGAUUUUGGCCCAGCGGCUCUUUGACAGCACCAAAGAGCCCAUGUCAAAUCCCCAAAGCCACGAUGAGGGUGCGUUGUGGACAAUGGAAGAUAUUGCCCAGAUAUACGACUGCGUUGCCAACUUCAAUAUGGCAAUAGCUUGGCUGAAGCAAGCAAGAGCUAGCGGCGGCAUCUGCUGGGGCGCUGGUGUGCGGCUUGAGCAUAUAAAUGAUAAAUUGAUGGAGUUGUUGAAGCGGCAUGAGCUCGAUCAGGAAGCACAGCUCUAG